CUUUCACCACGCAAACAAAAAUCCUAGAGGAAUCAGAAGGGGGGAGCCGGCCGGAGACUCGGAAAUGCCGGUGUUCAGCGCCACGGCGGUCACGGCCGCGGUCCUCGUCGGGGCGGGCGCCGUGGGCACGUACCUCCUCUGGCCCGUCACUGGCCCGGCCGCGCUCAUGAUGAAGGCCCUGGGCGCGGCGAGGUUCUUCAUCUCUCGGGCGGUGUUCCUUGCUAACCCCCAGCUCUACUUCGAGCUGCUUCGCACGGCCGGCGCUGCUGCGGCGGCUGCCGCCUUCGCCGCCUAGUCAUGGAGUACGGGAGGCAACGGACCGGCCGGCGUCUGCGCGUUCGUUAUAUAUAUCAACCAAUGCACAGGACAAGGUAGUAGUAGUAUGUAGCGGCAAUAAGCUGGAUCGAGUAGGAGUAGCAAACUAGCUACAAGAACUGACCUUUUGUACUGCUUGGGUGCUCGUACCUGUAACCCAACAAGCUAAG